CAACGUGAUUCUCCCAGCUGCGCUCAAUCUCUACUUUCCACAUCUCAGCCGUCUCUCCACACCCCUCCAGCAGCAGCAGUGCCCAGUCCGUGGCUCUGCCUCCCAGCUCUCUCACCUCCAGUUAUUGCCAGCGAACGGGAGGUUGGGGAAGGUUUGCAGCUGCCUGUCUGUCUCUCUCCUGCGCGGUGACAUCUUCACAGUCUCCUUUAAGCCCGGAUCGAGCGGUGAAGCAGCGUCUCUCUCUCUGCACGUCCUCAACUUCUUGUUUCAGUGAUUUAAUGUGUUUGCGUGUGAACCCUGGCGGAUCAAGCUCUCCCUGUCUGUAUGUGCAUGUAAAGAGGAGGGGCAGAUUGCUACUUGGACGGCCGACACCUUCUCCAACCCCCUCCCCCCACGGAAACAGGUUACAGCCUGAUGUGUAGCGGCUGAAAUCCGGGAGACACAGGAGUUUGCUGUUUCAUUUUUAGUGCCUGCUGCUGAUCUGAGCGGAAUGCACUUAGAGGAUUGAUGUGGCUGAGCGGCGACCGAUAGGCUUUUGUUAAUCGUUCUUCAGGGAGCUUAGCGUGAGUUACUUGGAAAGCUCUUCUCCCUCCCCUUCCCUCCCACCCCCACCUCUCCAUUCGCAGCUGGCAAAAACCCCUUUUGCUCGGACGGACCGCUUUCCAAUGGCUUUACUGUCAGCUGUGCCCCAAGCAGAGACGGGCUCCUCGACCCGGCUCCCGGAACCUUGACCCGCCGACGCCAGAGCCCAGAUCCUGCCACCCCCACCCCACCGCCCCCUCCCCACCGCCCCCUCCAUCGUGCUGCCCAGAGCAAGUGACCCGGCAGCUGGUGUGGCCUCUUCCUGUGCUCGCCCACCCCCGGGACUGGCAGAGGGGGAAGGGGCAUCGGUGACGGAGGACCCCCGUACCCAGAGCGAGCUCACCGAACGGAUAUGUUCACACCAACGUGAAGAUGGAUUUUGCUUAUCUCUUGCCGUGGCUGCUGACACUCGCACUGGAAAGCGUUUCUGGCCAGGGGGUGUACGCUCCGCCAACUGUGAGCAUCAUGCACUCUGGUCAAGCAUGUAACAUAGAAGAAGAAAGAUAUACAGAAAGAGUGUACACAAUUCGGGAAGGAGAAACCUUGGAGCUAACCUGCCUUGUUAGAGGUCACCCUCGACCACAGAUCAGAUGGACCAAAACAGCAGGAAGUGCCUCUGACAGGUUCCAUGACAACAGUGUCUUCAAUGAGACUCUGAGGAUCACAAAAAUCCAGCGUCACCAGGGAGGCCGUUACUACUGCAAGGCUGACAAUGGCUUGAGUACCCCUGCAAUCAAAUCCAUCAGAGUAGAUGUAUACUAUUUGGAUGAUCCCGUACUGACGAUACAUCAUAGUAUAGGUGAAGCAAAGGAAUUGUUUUACUUUGAACGAACUGUAUUCCUUAGGUGUUCAGUCAAUUCAAAUCCCCCUGUCCGAUACAGUUGGCGCCGAGGAAGAGAAAUUCUAUCACAGGGAUCAGACAAGGGGAUUGAGAUCUAUGAACCCUUUUUUACCCAGGGUGAAAUAAAGAUCCUGAAAUUGAAGAAUCUACGUCCUCUGGAUUAUGCGAAUUAUAGUUGUAUUGCAUCAGUCAGAAAUGUUUGUAAUAUCCCUGACAAGAUGGUUUCAUUCAAGCUCAGCAAUGCUACCGCUUCCCCUUCCAUCAAGUUGUUGGUUCCUGAGCAUAUUGUUGUAAACCCUGGGGAUUCACUUUCGAUGGUGUGUGUCACGACUGGAGGAGACCCCCCUCCCACCCUAACCUGGGUCAAGGCCAUUGGAUCUCUGCCUAAAACAAGUGUCUUGAAGGGAGGGACAUUAACAUUGCACUCAAUCAAUGCUGAGGAGGCCGGAGCUUACAGCUGCCUUGCUAACAACAAUGUGGGCAACCCUGCCAAAAAGUCAAGUACAAUCACUGUGCGAGGUUUUUAUUUUUGGCACAAGGUGAAGAUGAAUCCUGCAAUAAACACUGGUGAUCUAAAAUCCACAAUAGCUCUGAGAAAAGGACGUUUCUGGAUUACACCAGAUCCAUACCAUGAUGAUGACAACAUUCAGAUUGGCCGUGAAGUUAAAAUUUCCUGUCAGGUGGAGGCCAUUCCUCCAGAUGAGUUGACAUUCUCUUGGUUCAAGAAUGGACGUCCUCUUCGGAGUUCAGAAAGAAUGGUUAUCUCAACAACAGAUCCUGAUGUCUCACCUGGCACAACCAGCCUGGACAUAAUUGACCUGAGGUUCACUGAUUUUGGAACAUACACUUGUGUAGCAUCUCUAAAUAGCCAGGCUGUACCUGACAUCAGCAUUGACGUAAACAUCUCCAGCAGUACUGUGCCACCAACUUUAUCCGUCCCAAAAGGAAGGUCACCAAUGGUAACACGAGAAGGUGACACGGUGGAGCUACAGUGUUUGGUUUCUGGAAAACCCAAACCCAUAAUUCUUUGGUCCCGCUUUGAUAAGGAAAAAGAAAAGGAGCUCCCAAUGCCUGAUGGCACCAUGCUGAUGGAAAGCUAUGAUGGAUUACUACGUAUUGUGAAUGUGUCGAGGGAUAUGAAUGGAAUAUACAAAUGCCAAACAAGCCAGUAUAAUGGGUUUAAUGUGAAACCAAGGGAAGCAGCCGUGCAGCUUAUCGUACAGUACCCACCAAGCGUGGACCCUACAUUUCUGGAGAUUCGACAGGGUCAAGGCAGGAGCAUUACCAUGACCUGCAGAGUACUGAAAGCUUACCCAACCCGGGUUUUGACCUUCGAGUGGAAGCUGGGCAAUAAGAUUUUACUAACGGGACGAUUUGAGUCACAAGAUUAUACGCAGAUCAGAGUGGACAAUCUUUCCAAAGACAGCUAUGGAGUUUACAACUGCAGCAUAAUCAAUGAAGCUGGCGCUGGCACGUGUAGUUUCCUUGUGACAGGUAAAGCUUACCCUCCUGAAUUCUAUUAUGAUACGCCAAACCCACUCUGGCAAAACCGAGCACGCGUGUACUCCUACAUGUUGCAGUGGACUCAGAUGAACCCGAAUGCUGUUGACCGUAUCCUUGCAUAUCGUUUGGGGAUCAGGCAGACUGGCCAACAGCGUUGGUGGGAACAAGAAAUUUCGAUGAAUGCUAUGAUCCAAUCAGGAGAAUUAAUCACACACAACCUGACUGAACUACUGAAGCCUGAGGCCUAUGAAGUUCGCUUGACACCGAUCACACGAUUUGGAGAAGGUGAUUCCACCAUUCGAGUCAUUAAGUACACUGAUGCUCCCAUGACAAAUCCUCAUUUAGGAGAAUUCAACUGUGCAUUUGAAAAUGAGAAGAUCUGUGGGUUCACACAAGAUCGGCUUGAUAAUUUUGACUGGACGAGACAAAGUGCUUCAACCCGGAACCCAAAAUACACUCCAAAUACUGGACCCAGCGCUGACCGAAGUGGCUCCAAGCAAGGUUUCUACAUGUAUAUAGAGACUUCUCGCCCUCGAACAGAAGGUGAAAGGGCUCGACUCCUAAGUCCUAUUUUCAGCACACUGCCUAAAAAUCCAUAUGGAUCCAUUAACAGUGCUUACUGCGUCAGCUUCUACUAUAACAUGUAUGGAAAGCACAUAGGUACUUUGAAUGUGUUUUUGCGAUUCAAAGGAUCAACAGUAACUGAAAAUCUCAUCUGGACUAUGUCUGGAAACCAAGGGGAACAGUGGAUGCAUGCAAAUAUCAACAUCAAUCCAAGCGGAACUUUCCAGCUGAUAUUUGAAGGUAUUCGGGGGCCCAGUAUAGAAGGGGACAUUGCAAUCGAUGAUGUUACUGUAACAGAAGGUGAAUGCAGGAAAAUACACCAGCCUGUCAACAAUUUAAAAACUGGUGGUGAAGCCUCCGUAUUAAUACAUAUAUGGCUGUUUCCAGUCACUCUUCUCAUCGCCAUGCUAAGCCAUCGAAGGUGACCUUAUUGUGGCAGAGGCUGUGAAAAGAUUCAUCGGGCACUGCACAAAGGAUGAAUCUUUAUCCAUGGACCUUCGAGAAUAAUUACCAAAGAUUCAUCAGCUGAUUGCAGACUCAAACUGUACAUGUGACGGUGGAAGGCAUCAUGGGAUCAGGAAGGAUGCCAGAAUUAAACAAAAACAAAUUUUUUAAAAAGUAUAUGCGUAAAGUGGUGGACCCAAAAAAGAGAAGAGCUUUCCAUGUUGCUUUAGAGGGAUUUGAAAAUACAACUGCAUCAAGGUGGACUCUGAAAGAGCUAUAGAAAUCCUGUCAAAGCACAAAGAUCUGGCUAGUUUUAUUACAGUUGAAUGGAGAUGCUUGUCACCAGGAGACAUAAUGGCUGGCCAACAAAGGGAUUUCCUACUGAGACAGGGUAAAAGAAGUGCUGACAAUUACUUGCCUUCAGAGUUUUCAGCAAAGCAUACGAUAACUGUGGCUGUCUAUUCUGCUGUGAAUACCUGAUCUCUCAACCGUCUUUAGCAAAUGUUUUAUUCCUUUCCCACCUCUUCACUGUUAACUUUGCUGUGCUUUAUUAUAUGUUUGGUGUCUCUGCAUGCAUUUCUGCCCACUGUAUGUGAACUGAGGCUCAAAUAGUACUGGGCUAUAUAAGAGUAGCUUGUGGCCACAAUAACACAACCAGUCAUCUGUCUGAAGUGAGGAACCUAAACCACCCACUGUUGACGACAUGCCAUAAAACUAAGUGCCUUCAAUUUGGAAAAAAAAAGUAUGUAGAAGAAUUGCCUGAAUCAUUUAAAUACAAAACAUUUUGCACUGCUAAUAAUGGAGUGUGUGGAACCUUUUGUAUAUGUAUUGCAGCUGAUUCGUAGAAAUAACAGGCAAGGAAAGUAAACAACCCCUGCAUCGUUCCUCCAAGAGAAACUCAAGUUACAAUCAAAGUCCUUGGACAGGGCAAUCAGUUAAAGCCAUCAAGGUGGCUUGCAACCUGUGAUCCCAUGGAAAAUUGGGAGCACCACUUUGUACAGUUAUUGAGUGCAAAUGCGAUGACCAGAACAAAGGUCUCUGGAAAUGUGCACAAUGCUGAAGUAGCAAACAGAUGAUGGAUUGUACUUAUUUACAGUAAUCUCUAUUCAGAUUGAAAAAUAGGCAGUCUGUGUGAAAACGCUUUAGUGACAAGACAAACUGUGCAGAAUCACCCUGUGAUUUUUAAGCUUGCAAGCACGGAAUUUUCUUUGGGAUUGAAGACUUGAUGCAAGACUGCAAGAAGGCAACAUGCCUCUGCCCCAUUAUCCAAAUCUGUGCCGAUUGUUACAUCUUAUUUUCCUACUUUAACAGGGGUGGAAAAUGUAAUGUUGCCUUUGGAACUCAAGAUGAAAUGGACAAGGU